AUGGCCGCUGCUAUUCCCCCUAUCACCGGCAUGCUCCGCCGGGGUCUGGUCCUGGACCUGAGCACCGCUUUCGGUUUCGGUACUACCUUCGGUUACCUCUGGUGGUACGGCUUCCACCUUCCCCGCGUCCGUGAGCGUGAUGUCUACUACGCCCGCCUCGAGGCUGAGCGCGCUGCUGAGCGCUCGUAA